CUUUCUCUCCUCGUCUUCGUUACCAAUCGCACGCCCAACCGCCUUCAGUGAUGUCGGCGCAGGCAAGUGGUCAGCAGCGGCACCACUCGCACAGUCAUGCGUCACCAACGGUGCCCGAUCCGCGGCAGAGAGGCAGAGUAGCCUUCACAACUCCAAUCCCAGCCGCCUCCUUUUCGACGUCCCCGACGUCCUCCUCCAUCCCGACCGACUUGGUCCUCGCUCUUCUCCUUACCAAGACGGCAUUAGCAUCAUCAGCCCUCCUCGCACGACACUGGCUGCUCGUACCUCACUCGGAGCGCAUACACUCGCCAUAUUCCCGAGCAACGCCUUCAUCAUCAGGCCAAGAUGAGCAUUCCGUCUCCUCUCUGGCAGUAGCGGCCCUCACACUCUUUCUCGCUGCGGCCGCUCAGUUGGCUUGGUUCAGACCAUGGCAAUGGCUGCCUGCGCUGAGGCGAUCAGACCCGGAACUCAAGGUCGUGCCAAAGAAGCUGGCCAUGCUCGGGCUAGUGUUCUUCGCGCACCUCCUCGUCUGGCUAAUGGCGCUCCGACACCUCGGGGCUCUCACGGUGAUCGUAUUUACGCAGUUCUGCGAAGUUUGGGCAUCGGACCUUGCACGAUCUAUCAAAGCGCGCAGCUACGGAGGCUACACUAUCCUGCUGGCCCUCGCCGGCUCGUUCCUGUACAGUCUCAUUGCUGGCCUGGCUACUCCUGCUGGCUCCUCCUCGGGCGGCUCAAUCGCUCAUGGGCUGGCAGGAGCAGACGACGUCGACCUACCAGCGUCUCUAAAGCACAUGCGCCCAGGUGGACUUGCUUCUCCCUCCUCGCAGCGACUGGCAGCACAGGCUCAGCAGUUGGACGCGGCCAACUUCUCCGCUACAGGCAUCCUCGCGGGCCAUCUCUGGCUGCUGGGUUAUGCGCUGCUCACCUUGCUCAAGCAACGAGCCACAAUCGAGGCGGCAAGGCAUUGUAGCGGCCGCAGGCGAGCGACAGUCCUCGCCGGUAUUCUGGCCGCAGGGAUGGCGGUUCCGCUUUGCCUGUUUGCGAACGUGAUGGGAAUGGCAAAGCUGCCCCCGCUCAAGUCGCUCGCUCCCUCAAGUACUACGACGCACCUCCCUGCCUAUUUGCUGCUGGCAGGCGCCUUCCUUGUCCUCGAACCCUUGCUCUCCGCCACGCUGGAGGGGCAUGCGACCCUGCAGGUGCGCGUGGCCCAGGGAUGGCCAAUGGCUGUGGUGGCCUGCGCGAUCGUAGGCUUCGUAGGCUUCGGCGUGCAUGUGGGAUGGGGGCUCUGCGUCGUCGCCGGUACUGUGGGAUACGGACUGCGCUCUAUCCUCCGCAACUCGCCACACCUCCAGCCAGAGGCCACCACUGCCCCUCCUGCAAAUGGCCAUGCCCACGGGCAUAAGCGCCAACCCUCAGACGGGACUGCCCUCUCUGAGCUCGUCAAGACUACCAAGGACAUCGCCUACUCCACUCGCCGUGUCCUAUCUGCCAUAUUGGCCCACUCCGAUUCGCGCAAGAUCUUCCAAUUCCUCUGCCUCAACCUAGCAUUUAUGGUCGUCCAACUCCUUUGGGGUGUCUGGACCAACUCCCUCGGCCUGGUGAGCGACGCUAUCCACAUGUUUUUCGAUUGUGCCGCGAUCGGCAUGGGCCUGUUCGCCAGCGUCAUGAGCAAUUGGGGUAGGGAUGAGGUGUUCACCUACGGGUAUGGGAGAGUAGAGACGCUGAGUGGGUUCGCGAACGGGGUGUUCCUCGUGCUCAUCAGCGUGUUCAUUGUUUUCGAGGCGGUGCAGCGUAUUGUCGAACCGCCUGUGAUGCACAACACGCGGCAGUUGUUGGUGGUUAGUAGCAUGGGAUUGGGAGUCAAUCUGUUUGGCAUGUUUGCGAUGGGUCAUCAUCACCACGGUCAUAGCCAUGGGCAUGGCCACGACCACCAUCAUCACCACGGGCAUGGACAUAGCCAUGGCCACGAUCACGGACAUGACCACGGGCACGGCCACUCGCACAACAUGAUGGGCGUCUACCUCCACGUCAUGGCCGACACUCUAGGCUCAGUGGGUGUGAUCGUCUCGACUCUCCUCAUCCAAUACUACGGAUGGACAGGCUUCGACCCGAUUGCCUCCCUCUUCAUUGCGGCCUUGAUCGUCGCGUCGGUCAUCCCUCUCCUAGUCGAGUCGGGCCGGGUGCUCUGCCUCGACUUGGGGCAGGAAAGGAUCGACACGAUCCUGGAGGCGUUGGAUGAGGUAGUGGACAAGGUGGAAGGGGUGGAGGGGUACAGCUUCCCGAGGUUUUGGCCAAAAGACUCGGAAAGUGUGGUCGGGUCGAUCAGACUUCAGGUUAGCUUGCGAGGGAGCAAGGCUGCUGCGGGUGGUGGGAUGAGGAACAGGACGGUCUCUUCAGCCUCGACCGUAGGCACUACCACAUCGGAUACGUGGGGUACGAUGGCCUCGAAUGGCUCGUGGCGGACACUGAACGACGCGACAGCGACAGGGGACAGUGACAAAUCAUCCUCCAGCGUUACACCCGAAGCCCUCGCAGCACAAGUAGAAGACCUGCUGCGUGCCAAGAUCCCCGGUCUGGAGUCACUCAGCAUACAACUCGAGGACGCUUUAGCCGCAGCGCCUAACGCGGCGGGCAUCGGUCCUUCAGUAGGAGGAGCACAAGCAUUUGGCGAAUUCUUACAUGGGCAGAGCCCUCCGCGUGAAUCGAUGGGUGGAGGGGGAAUGACCAAGAGUAGUAGCCAGGAUUUGCCAGGCGUGACGCCUAGGAAGAUGAGAUAGGACGGAGGCGACAAGGCGGACGCUUUACCUUCUCUCUUCGAACUACAGCAUACGCUUCAUGAC